AACUUAAAAAUACAAUUUUAAACUUAUUUGUCUUAAUAAAUAUCCUCAAUCAUCAUAAAAAUACAAAUAGAACAUGUUAAAAAUAUAAUUUUCUUUGGAGUGGAUCUUUAAAACACUAGAACUUUAACUUGAGAUAAGAUUAAGAUAAAAUAAUAUUAAAAUAAAAUAAAAAGAUUAAGAUAAGAUAAGAAAAAAACCUACAUGUUCAAGAAUGAAUCAAUGAGAGAGUUGGGGGGCGGUAUGGAUAGCGAAGAUGUGUAUUUUUUAGUCAGCGAGAGUCAUUAAAUAUUAUGUCCUCUAUUUUUAGGAUGAAAUGUUUAGUUUUAGAAUAAUUUAAGUAAAAUAAAAUGUGAUCUGUAGUUUCAACAUCACCAUUCUCAGAAAGUACAUUUAUUAUUAUCCAGAUUUAAUCUUUGUUUUCGUGGAAAAUAUACUACUAUUUUAGAAUGAACUUUUAUACUGAAAGGGUUCCACAAAAACGGAAGUUCUAGAUAUCUGCAGCGCCACUUACCGACGCGGAGGCUAAACUAGCGAUGCUGAACAUGUGAGCUGGGUGAUUGCUUUGUAAGGGUAGUUGGCAUCGGGCUCAUGUCACAGACAGGUUCUGUCAACCCUAACACUUUAGAAGUUGGUCAGUGUUGAUUUUUCUGACCGGCCUGGAGGAGCAGCGAGUCUCCAUUGGACCGGACCGGACCAGACCGCUGGCUGGCUGAAACCCUGCGGUGCCGCCGCUGUCCUUUAAGCUAACACCAGCUAACUCCAGCUGCUUCUUUGUGAUCAACAAUGGCCUCUGUCUCCAUCCCUGCCUGCACCGGUGCUCUGUUGCUGGACAUUGAAGGCACCACCACGCCGAUCACGUUCGUGAAGGACAUUUUGUUUCCUUACAUCAGGGAGCAUCUGGAGGAUUAUCUGUCCACUCACUGGGAGGAAGACGAAUGCAAAGAAGACGUUUACCUCCUAAAAAAACAGAUUGAAGAGGACAUGAAGCAGAACCGAGCAUGCGCGGUCCACGUCGUGGACCAGACGGUCCACACGGAUGAGGAGAAGGCCAUCAAGAAGGUGGUGGAGGACGUGCUGUGGCAGAUGGCGGCGGACCGGAAGAGCACGGCGCUCAAGCAGCUCCAGGGUCACAUGUGGAGGGCGGCGUACGCUUCUGGGAGAAUCAAAGGCGAAAUCUAUCCAGACGUGGUUCCUUCCAUCAAGAAGUGGCGAGAACGCGGCCUAAAGGUCUACAUUUACUCCUCUGGAAGUGUGGAGGCGCAAAAGCUUCUCUUCAGAUACUCAGUGGAGGGAGAUGUUGUAGAAUUAUUCGACGGUCACUUUGACACCACGAUAGGAGCUAAAGUAGAAGCUAAAAGCUACGAGAGGAUUGCAGAGAAGAUUGGCUGCCAGCCUGAAGAAAUCACCUUCUUGACAGAUGUGGCCAGAGAAGCUAAAGCGGCAGAAGAAGCCGGGCUCAACGUGCUCCUGGUGGUGAGGCCCGGAAACCUGGAGCUGACGGAGGAGGAGAGCGCCCACUACAACCUGAUCACUUCCUUUAGCCAACUUCAGCUGACGGGCCGGGCUUAACGCCGUGACUCCCUCCCCACACCACCGUCCGCCCCUCCUCUCCCUGUCUGUGUCAACCCCCCCUCCAGAGGUGGUUGUGCAGCAGCCUCUCGUGUUCAGAGCAUCACAGGAAGUGGAAAGACUCUGUAGAUAGAAGAACAAUCAAGAAGACGGCACAAAAUCUGUGAGGUUUUUCUGGCUCCAACUCCUACCUGGACUGUGGAUUUGACCUUCCAGCCGACGUGUGUCAUUCCUUUGUAAGCAUUACCUGGCUGUACAUUUUAAAAAGGUGUUUUCCUUUAAUCCAUGUUUUAGUAGAAGCACAGUGUAGACGCACUCGGAGCUGCUGCCGAAUGAAAACUCACUUCAGACCUCGACUCCCUCGUCAGAGAACCGCAUUUAUUGAAAUGUGUCUUCAGUGUUCCUCUAUAAUGUGGAUCAUGGAAACAGAACUUUGUAUUAAUCCAGAAACAAACUUCGAAUAAAUGCCUUGUCUUACACAGAAA